CAACAAGGGAGACGCUUUAGCGGUAGAAUAGGAAGAAGCGAGAGAGAAGAUGAGUGAACGCUGGUGAAUGACGAACGUGAGUGUGAGUGAACACGAGUGGUAGCGUAAGAGUGCAAGUAGAGGAGGAGUGCAGGAAAGAAUAGAGUUUUAUUUACUAUUUACACCGGUUCGGACAAACGAAGAAGUUAGCCUCAUUUUCAAUCUAGCAUCUGAUAUUUAGAUAGAGAGAAAGUAAAAAUAUUCCACACACACACAUAUAAUAUUUAUAUAUAUAUACAUAAAUAUAUAUGUGCAUAUAUAUAAAAUAUAUACAUAUUAUUUCUCCUCGAUAAAAUUUUUACUAAGAUGGCCUGGACAAAAUUCGAACACUAUGCCGUGGGACUUAUGCUAAUAAGUGGUACCUUGACAAGUGUGCUGCUAAAUUUGACAGAGACGUUACUUGCUAGAGGCACACUUGACAACUACAGUGGAAAGAAGCACAUUUUCUGGCAUCCUUUCUUCAUGGUUACCUGUAUGUUCAUUGGAGAAUUCUGUUGCCUUUUUGUCUACUAUCUGGUGAGAUGGGCGAGAUACUCAGAUGCACCAAUUGAUCGUGAUGGCGGGAAAUUCAACCCGUUGAUUUUCUUUCCAGCAGCACUUCUUGAUUUAAUACAGAUGGUUCUGUUUUUCUUGGGAAUCAGUUUAGUAUUAUUCAUUCAGAUUACACCUUUCCAACUGAUGAAAGGUGUGAUGCUGAUCUUUGUCUCACUGCUGUCUGUUGCAUUCUUUGGCCUUUCCCUGUCAAAGCAGAAGUGGUUGGGAAUAUUCUUCAUUGUCAUCGGUCUUGUAAUAGUUGGAUUACCAAAUCUUUACAACAGAAUUGAGGAUGGAGACAAAAUACAAAAAUACUCUGUCAUUGCAGGAGAACUAUUUAUUGCCAUGUCACAAAUGUUAGCUGCCAUUUUAGUGGUUUAUGAGCAGUAUUGGAUCCAAAGGUGCAACAUUCUCCCUCUUGCAGUUAUUGGCUGGGAAGGGUUGUUUGGUACCAUGAUGGCUAUUGGAAUGCUAGUCGGUUUCUACAACUUCAGAGCCAAUAAUUUCAGCAACUUGCCUUCUCACAGACUUGAAGAUGCCUUAGAUGCCAUGAAACAGAUCGGUUCCUCCUGGCGAAUAUCUUUAUCUGUUCUUGGGACAAUGAUCAGUUUCGCAGCAUUCCGAUUCGCAGGAGUGACUCUAACAAAACAUUGGAACGCCACCACACGCAUAAUAUUCGAAUGCCUAUGCGUCGUAUUUAUUUGGAUUGCUAUGGUUCCAGCACACUGGAGACAUGACCUUUGGUAUACACCUUUUGGCUUGAUUCUCAUUCUCCUUGGCUUUAGCAGUUUCUACGGUCUCAUCUUCCAGCGAGCUUUCUGUCGCUGCAAUAUCACAUGGUGCAACCGGAGAGGAAACGAUGAGUUACUGAUACCAGUUGACCAAGACGGAAAUGGUUCCAUUCAAGAAAUUGCCUAAGAAAUCUAACCUUUGUGAAGACAGCAGUAAAUUAGAUGGUCAGACUGUUGAUGUGGUAACCACCUCUGCAACAGCAGCAAUAUCAGCAACAACAUCAAACAAAACAACAGCAGCAGCAACAAAAACAGCAGCAUCAACUAUAACAGAAGUAACAGCAGCAGCAAGAUCAGAAACAGCAACAGCACAAACAGCAGCAGUAAUAAAACAACAACAACAACAUCAACGGUGAUCACCAGAUUGCAAUACCCAAUGCUAAAAGCCACAGCAACAUAAAUGUACCAAAAGCCAGUGAAGGAACCUGCAAGAAUUAGAAGUCAAAUCUUCCUCAAAUCAAACCCUACCAUCUUAAAAAAAGGACACAUUGGAUCAUAGAGUCCAAGUUACACAGUUGCUGAUGGCCAUGGUUUUGAUGCCAUUUGGUGACAUGACUGUCUGAUCAGGGCUGACCUGGGGUUAUACAACAACAACAGUAACCACAACAACAACUACAAUAACACCAACAGCAGCAGCAGCAGUAACAACAUCUGCAACAGUAACAACAACAGCACUAAUAGCAAAUAAGAAAGGAUGACAACUUUUGAAACGUGCAUUAUCUGCAAUGACAGAAACCCAUGAUGACAAUCACAACAGCAACAAGAGUAAGCUCAACAUUAGCAAGCAGCAGCAACAACACCAACAAGAACAUCAGGAAUAGUGACGACAAUAACAACAUUAUAAUGAGCAAAACAGCAAUAAUAUAAGAAUGUGAGAAACAGCAUCAGCUGGAACAUCUGUACCAGGGUGGAGAAUCUUUUUCUUAGUGCCAGGAUCAAAUUGUGAGUGUAUUCAAACUGGUUGGAGUACAUCAAUGUCAAGAGAAAUAAUGAAUCUUUGAUUAUGCAAAUUCAUAGGUUAUGCAUACAUUAACAUGACACUAAGGAACAUUAAUCAAAAUGUUAAGAAGCAUUAAUUAAUUAGACAGUGAUAAUGAUUUAAAUGCCUUUAUGGGAAUGUUGAAAGAAACUUAUGUUAAAUUAGUCUGGGUUUUAAGGUUUAAUGAAUUGUUUUUUAAAAAGUUUUAAGCACAUAGGUACAAGCAUAGCUGUGUGGUUAAGAAGUUCACUUUUUAACCACACAGUUUCAGGUUCAGCCCUACUACAUGGCACCUUGAGCAAGUGUCUUCUUGAAUAGCCUUGAGUUAACCAAAGCCUUCUGAAUAAUUUUAUUUUUUUAAAAUAUUUCUUUCCUUUCUUUUUUUUUUUUCUUUUUGAGGUGUUUUGAAAUGUGGGUGCAAGCAAAGUUUCGCUUGUGGUUGCUUGAGCUGCUGAAAUAACAGCCAAAUUUCCCUCAAGUCAAAAAACUCUGCUUUUUUUCAAAGAAAAAAGAAAAAGACAUAUUUAGAUAACAUGAUCCCAGAUACAUCAGAUACAUUAGGUUAGCAAGACUAGAAUGCUAUUGAUCAUAGGUCUUCUUGACCAGUGUUGACCUCGGGCUAAAUAGUGCCAGUAACAACAACAUCAUUUCCAAUAAUAUUUAUGACUUUAACAGUAGCAACAAGAACAACAACAUAGACAGCAGUGAUCACAACUACAGCAGAAACAACAUCACUAAUAACAAUUGUAAUAACAUUAGCAAAAGCAAUAACAUUAUAACAAUAAUGAUAACAAUAACGAUGAUAAUAAUAAUAAUAAUAAUAAUAAUAAUAAUAAUAAUAGUGUUUGGAAGAGCAUUAUAGCCAUGUGUCAAGAGGAAUUCUUUGGGGUUUGAAUAAUUCACCUUUCGAAACAUGGGUGUUUCAUUCAACAUCCUUAAACAAUCCUUAUUCAGGGACGUUUUGAGUGGGAUGAGCUAUUCAGCCUGAAAAAAUUCUAACUGGGUCCCCACCUGCAAUGUCAUGUGCUGUUUAUUUUGAUAUGAGAUCACCAUAUCAUGCACAUAUGGUUGUGAUGCAUGUGCCUGGUGUACCCUUGUCAGAUGGGUAUACUGGGCUUUGUAUAAUUUACCCGUGUCACUUUGAUGGCAUGCACUGCUCUUUCACUCGAUAAUAAUAAUAAUAAUGAUAAUGAUAGUAGCUAUUUCUUGAUUUGUCAUGAAAGUGGUGAAUUAACCCUUUAGCAUACAGAUUAUUCUGUCAAAUGUAAAGCUUAUGUAUUCACACCAUGUAAAAUUAAUCUUGCAUCAUUUCAUGGCUUUGAGAUUUCAAUUAUGUGAUUGUUUAUUUUUAAAAUGACACAAUAAGAUAGCUAUGAAUGACCAUAUCUGACUAGUUUGAACAUAAAACAGGUAGAAUAUUUUGGCCAGAUAUGGCCGGUUUAAGCACUAAAGGGUUAAGGAGGUAUUACGAAACAGUUGUUCCAUGAGAAACCAGUUGUCUACAAAAGGAACAAAGUGAAACGCAUUAGAACAAAAACAGCCACCUAGGGCCAGUUGAAAAAUCUUACAAAUUUCAAUAUUAAUUAAAACCUCAUGGGCAAAUGCUCACUUCCAUCUGUGCUCUAUGGGCAUGUGCAUAGGGCAUUCUUGAUGCUUCUCUCUCUGUCUCUCUCUCUCUCUUGCUCUCUCAUUCCCUUUUCAUCAGAACUACUGAAUAAUAAUAUUAAUAAUAAUAAUGAUAAUAAUAAUAGUAGAACUAGUAGUAGUAAUAAUAAUAAUAAUAAUAAUAAUAAUAGUUGUAAUAAUAAUAGUUGUAAUUAUAAUAAUAAUAAUAAUAAUAAUUCUGUAAUUGGUCACUAUGACAUUGAGGACAAGAUCAAAGAAUGAAAUAUAACUCACAAAACAGCGGGAGGUUUACACUGAUCAAAAGGGGAGCAACAACAAUAAGGAUCUAACAAAAGAUCUAGUAGUAAUAAUAAUAAUAAUAAUAAUAACACCAGAACAACAGAUCAAAGAAACAAUAAGAUCAAAUGCAACAGUAAUAACAAAACAAAAUUAUCUUGAAACAGAGUCCAAAGAAGUUCCCAUACAUACACUGGUUGUAUUAUAUCGCAUCAUACUAUCAGAUACAUAGAGCAACAACCUUGAAAAUACACUGUUUAAAAAAUACUGCAAAAACACAGUCAAACUCAUAGGGAUAGAAAAGACAUUGAAAAACUAGAGUGUAUACAUGGAUAGAUAGAUAUACAAUUACACUCUCUUCAACAAUAUGUGCAAUGAUAUAAGCCUCCUAAUAGAUUGCCUAAUCCAAUCUAACACAAGCAUAUGCAUACAUAAACAUAUAUACAUACACAUGCAAUAACACAAAAAUACACAUAUAC